AUGUAUACAGACUUAGCACACCCGGAACUAACAUGGCGAAAGGGGGUGCAGGCAAACGUGUACAAAGGACCAGUUCAGCUUCGUCAUCCUCCAGACGCUUCCAUACUCUCCAGAUGGGGCUGAAAAUGCUAACGUCGCUGAAGUUCUGGGCCGCCAUCCUUGUCGUUGCCCUUGUCCUUGGAUUUUACCAGCUAGCCGGUAGGGAAACGUUUUCUGAUGUCCUCGCCAAGGAGAAGAAAAUGUCGGCAGCCCAUAUGGCACAAGACGCUUCAUCAGUAGAUCCGUUGAAGACCAAAGCGAAAACCGACACCAAAGAACCUAAUCCUGUGAAAGAUGGUAAAGAACAACAUGAGGCAUCUGACGAGACUCGUGAUACUGAAGAUUCCAAGAAAGACUCUCAAAUCAGAGAAUACCACGUUUUGCAGAUGUUCACGAAAGCUGGGAACAAUAGAGGACUGAUAGACAAGUUCAAGCUGUGUUUUAAUUCCAUGAUGCAGAAAUCCAGCAUUCGUCCCGACAAUGGAGAGAUCCUACACCUACAUCUUGUAUCAGAUCCGGAUAGCAAGGCCAUAGCAGAGGGUAUAGUGGACACGUGGCUAAAGAAGGGCCUGUUGAAGCUGUCUUUUCAUGAUCCAGUCCAACUGACAGAGACCCUCUACCCCAUUGUAAAACCAAUGCAAGAGAAGUUCAGUGCAGGAGCAAAUGCUUAUUAUGGAGACUCCAUCUUCUUCCUAUCUGUGGGUAUGCAUAAAGUAUUCCCCAGUGACACCAAACACAUCGUCCAACUCGAUUGCGAUCUCAAGUUCCGAUCAGACAUCCGAGAACUAUUUGAUAUGUUUGACCAUUUCGAGUCCGAUAACGUCAUUGGAAUUGCAGAGGAACAGCAGCCGGUAUACAGGCAUACGUUUUGGCAAUACAGAAAUGAGCACAAAGGUACAAAAGUUGGGGACCCCCCUCCCAACGGCCAACCAGGCUUCAACAGUGGCGUUCUGUUGUUGGACUUGGACAAGAUGAGGGGGUCGCGUCUCUACAACUCCCUCCUAAAUGGUACGGUGGUGCACACCAUGUCGGAGGAGUUCCACUUCAAGGGGCACCUGGGGGACCAGGACUACUUCACGCUUCUGAGCUACAGGUAUCCCCAGCUGUUCCAUGUGCUGCCCUGCACCUGGAACCGGCAGCUGUGCACCUGGUGGCAGGACAAGGGGUACCAGGAGGUGUUCGACUUUUACCACGACUGUGCGGGGGAAAUCAACAUCUACCAUGGAAACUGUAACACUCCAAUUCCAGAUGGAUAGUUGUUCUUGUUAAUUCGUAUACUUGUCUAUGUGUGAUUGCUUGUUUGAUACUUUGUUGCAUAAUCUGGCUGCAAAUUUUUAUAUCAGAAGGGAGUAAUUGUAUGUAAUUUUGAGCAUUAAGCAUUACCUUUUCUGUUGCUUAUACACUAUACCUUUAGUUACCAUUUUCUCCUUGUAUAUUUGUGUGUUUGCUUUGUUGCAUAAUCUGGCUACCAAUUUCUAUAUAAAAAGAUUUAUAACAUAACUUCAAGUACUGGUAAUGCAAGGAACAUUUCUUUGGCGUCCUGAGUGUUAUUUAGGGAUGACAUACUAUAAGUGGAACAUGAAUGAUGCAAUUUGUCAUAAUAUUAGCUGAAGAAUCAUGAAGAAUAUUAUUUGCAUUUGGCACAAAGAUUACUCAUAUUUUAUUGGACCAAUAUAAG